UGUGGCGGAACUUUAGUUACCGAGACACCGCUGUAGAGAGCAUACCUCAAGCUCGAUCCUUCUGUGUACAGUGUAUAAUUUGGUACAUAAAACUAUACCUGGCUUGUACACUAUGUGAUCUAAGAAGUGAAAUCGUUAAAAAAUCUAUCCCAAAUAUUGCGAACAAAUCGCUAAAAAACCAAAAAUUAGUAUAAUGGUGAUAAAUAGUUCAUAAGUAAUCUGAAAAGAUGGGUUGGAUUCAAACUAUCUCUGCUCUUCUCCUGGUACUUCCAAACACACUGGGUUCUAGACCCUCCGACCUACCCGGAGCACAUGGAAUGGAAGGUGAGUACCUGCCAUCUAUACGGACUGGAUAUACCUGUGAAGGAGAUGAGCUACUGGUCAACUGUGAUCCUGGAAAUAUUAUUCAGAUUGUCAGAGCUAACUAUGGCAGGUUUUCAAUUGCACUAUGUAACGAGGACGGACAGACCCACUGGUCUGUUAACUGCAUGGCACCUAAUACAAGACAAAUUCUACAGAAAAAGUGUGACAGUUUAAACUCUUGUACGGUUCCAGUUAGCUCCGCACUCUUUGAUGAUCCUUGUCCUGGUACAAGGAAGUACCUGGAGAUACAUUACAUCUGCUCCGCCUCCUCCAACCCCUCCCGGAGAACCCCUCUCCCGCCCUGGUUUCACCAGAAUGUUUCCCAGCCUAGGAAUGAUAUCUGGCUACAGAAAAGUCACAAGGAAAAGGAUUUAAAACCGGAAACAAACUCCGGGAGGAAUUUCAAUUCUAGGAUUCCUAUCCUUGUCGCAACUACAACUUCCACACCGAAAAGAAUUCCGAUAACUACUCCCAUUCCGACCACAACAACCACCACAACCACAACCACCACCACCAAGCUUGAUGACACAACCCUACCAAGCUCAGAUACUGACUUAGUGGAAGAUAUAUCAUCUCCGGAGGGAGUUAAUGAGGAGGUUUGGGUUCCAGAACUAGAAACUGAAUCUGAUCUUCCUCCUGGUCUUAUCUCCGACUAUUGUCCAUCUGUCAUGGCUAGAAACCUAGUCUGGAGAUACACCAAGAGAGGAGGAAACGUUGUCCAACCCUGUCCCAACGGAGCAACUGGGUUGGCCCGAUGGUUCUGUACUGGAACCCCGGAUUACUCCAAGCAUGCUUCUCCAGGUACCCCUGCCCGUUGGGAGACCGCUCAACCUGAUAUGAGUGAUUGUAAAUCUGCUGCUAUCACGAACCUUGAGGUUAAACUACGUCAAGCUGACCCAGAGAACGUUAUUGCUUCUUCCUUGGCUCAUUUAACUGGAUCCCGCCGACUCUAUGGCGGGGAUUUAGAAUCAGCGGCCGGAGUUAUGAAAACCGUCGCAAAUCGUCUCCAAUACCUGCUCCAGCAGAGGACGGAGAAGUUCUACAAGAAGGAGGCGUAUAUCCAGGAGAUCCUCCUCAACAUUGUGAGGUCGGGGAGUAACCUUCUAGACGCUAAGAACGCCGAGGCCUGGGCUGACCUCGAUGUAACGCAGAGGAUGAAAAUAGCAAGCUCUUUGCUACAGGCCAUGGAGCAAAAUGCUCUUAUUUUCGCAGGAGUAACAAAUCAACCUGAGGUUCUCAUUGAGUCCUCUUACAAUAUACUGAUGGCCAUUUCUGUUCUAAAUGGAAGAACAGUGAGGAACGGAACAGGGUUUCCGCUCAACAGCUACGAGGAACCAUUUGGAACCAUCGAGGACUCAGUGUUUCUACCCUCCCCCACCCUGGAGCAGAACAGCAAGGACGGGAUCAUCAAGAUUCUCUUCUUCUCCUACCGACAUCUCGACGAGAUCCUAUCCACCUUCUUCUCAACCCGGUAUCCAACCCAGGUCCUCAACAGCAGGAUUAUCAGUGUUACCAUGGAGGGGAAGGUGGCGAACCUGGCGGCCCCGGUCCGUAUCUCCCUCAAGCACUUGAGGGAGGAGGGAGUGGGUCGACCCACAUGUGUCUACUGGGACAGGGAGGCCACGGCCUGGUCAGACGUUGGCUGUGCAGUUGUUGAUAGCAACAAGACACGGACCGUCUGUCAGUGCAGUCAUCUGUCAAGCUUUGCCCUGCUCAUGGAGGAGGAAGCUGUCACCACAGUUGUGCAACUCCCGGAUUUUCAUGUGGAAAUAAUUGCGGCAUCUGUAGCUGUAGGGCUCAUACUUAUUUGCCUGGUGGUAGCACUGCGGUGUCGGAGCCAGGUUCAGAAGGUUCUUCUGUCCCCCUGCUACAAGGAGAAGAAGAAGGGGUUGGACACCUGCUCCAAGAGCCAGAGCUUCUUCACUGGGAUGAACGUGAUAAACAACGAGAAGAGUCAGACCCUGUCCACGACUCUACCUGAACCUGCUCGGGUGUCGCAGUACAUGCAGAACAACGGUACCCUGCCGGCCCAGUACGCCCCCUCCUCUAUGUACGAAGGGUUUGAUAACAGUUCCCAGCUCAGCUAUCCCAGCUCUACAAUGCCGGUCAACUAUCCUAACUCCACCCUACCAGUCAGAGCCCCCUAUCCGAUACCCGCCACACACAUCACCCUUAACCCCUACAGCACCCAGUUGGUUGAUAAUAUCAACCGAAUGAUGAAUGGAUCCCAGGAUGGAACAAUCAACCAUAUCUACCAGGUUGCUAUGAGCCCUCAGUUGACCCAUCUGACCAACACUUUAAAGAAGAAGAAAUGUCUGGGCGGGCAUCCGGGCCCCUGUCAUCAUAGGAACCAGGGUACCGCUACAACAGACUCCUCAGUCAGGUCUGACUCCGUGAUGACCCAGGAGCAGGAGACGGAUACAGAGAUGAUCCCCAGCAGUGCUGAGGUAGUAUUCAGAGCUGUGAGUCCACAUGGGCAUGUGUACUGGGAGAUAGAUCCUAAACGACCAGGCAGGAUCUUGGAGCAAAGUGAUUCAGAUACAAACAAUGAUAUCCAUAACAUGUCGGAUUUCAGUGAGGAGGACGGAAAGAUAAUCAGUGAUCGGAGCCGUCAGAGCUCCAGUCGGUUCAGUGAUAACCGACCUUUGAUCUCAACCUUGAACCCAGGACAGAUCUCUCUCCAGGUAUCCAGUCUAACCCCGCUACCGGAGAAUCAUCCUAGUCUAAUCCAAUUCUCUCCGCUCAGGUUUAACUCAUUACACCGACCUCAGCAGCAGGUUCAGCAGGAUCCAUCAGGGUUCUCCACACGAACCCGUCUAGGACGUCAUCCUAGACUCCGGGGUAGCAUGGAGGCUAUCCAGGACGAGGAGCACUGUAUCCCGGAGCAGGUUCAGCAGCAGGUUCAGAUUCCUGAUCUCCGACGGAUCCCUGUCUCCGUCAAGAGUUCAGAGUAUAUCAUGGCUAAAAUACAAACUCAUAUUGAUCAUCAGAGAAAACAAGGAAGUCCAGCUCAUGGAACCAGAGAACGGAAAGUUUAAACACUACUCAUACUGCUAAUCCUAAUGCUUCUCCUACUUCUACCCCUACUCCUUUCCCUACCCCUACUCCUACUCCUACUCCCACCCCACAGUUGAUUCUGUGUAAGUCCUCAUGCUAUAAGUGAAUUCAAGAACUUUUUUCAUAAAAGUAUCAAAUUUUAAAGUUUACUUUUGUUGUUGUGAAGGCUGUGAAUGUUAGUCAGGUGAAAAUGCGUCAAAAUAAAAACAGACGCUUCGCGACGCAAUAAUACGGACGCUAAUAUGAACUGCAACAAAAAUGCAUUGAUUUCAAAAACACUAACUUUCAAUAUUCACUCAGAACGUUUCAAUUGUUUGCAGCUGAUUAAUGAUUAUUUCGGGUAUUAUCGUAAUUAUUAUUGAUUAUUAUUGAUUAUUAUUGAUUAUUAUCAUGAAUGCAUAGAUUAUUUAAACUGUGCGUUUAAUGGAUUAUUAUAUAUUUGAUUAAUUUCUCUUACUGUGAUAAAUUUAUA